UGCAUCACUAACCAAAACGCAGUGUCUUUUUCUUUAUUUAUGUUCGUACAUUUUUGGUUGCCUGGCUUUUUGUUGUUGCGCCACAUUAACAAUAACAAUUAAAGUGCGCCCCACCGCCGCCCGCGUUGAAAAAGUGAAAAAUCGGGAGCGCGGAUUAAUGUGCCACACGCGAAAAGCGUUGCAACGUUGCGUCGUCGUCGGGCGUCGAACAAAGCAGUUUUUGGAAAAGUGAAAACGGCGCCAUUUUAGAAGCAGGCAAGCCACGGCCAAAGGCCAAGAAAGUGCAAAUGCAAUGUGUGGACCAAUAGACAGUCCAUGCGCUAAGAACUCAACUCCCCAUUAAAGCCGCGAGUGUAGGUGCUAGCCAAGAAAACAAUCAAGCCUCCCCAGCGACUCCAAAAUAUGAGCAGUGGCCAAAAUGAGACGGCAGCAGCAAAGGUUCUGGAAACGCAACGCGCACAAGAGUCCGGCAGUGAAAAUGAGGAAACCGACUGCAUUACGGAUCAAUCGAGCCAGUCGAAGUCGACCAAGUCAGCCACCCAGUUCAGCGUGCAGCGUUCGGACACCGAUGGCCUGCGAAUGAGAAUCUCGGCCAUCCGCCCCCCGUUAGGAGUCCCAGACAAGAAACCCCUGAAGCCCAGAAAAAUGUCUACCCAGGACACCGAGUCCGGCUGCUCGGAGGCCAGGAACAGAGCGGCCAGCAAGAAAGUCAAGAUCAAGCGCAAGAAGCUGGCCAGCACCAGUGGGACUAGCAAAUCGGAUAAGGUAUCCAAGUCUAAGAAGCCACAGAUCUCGGCCUUUUCCUCGGACUCAGAGGAUGAUCUGCUAAAGGUUCACCAGCAGAGAGCUCCUCGACUGCUGCUCACUGCAAUCUCCCAGGCGGCUCAGUCCGCCGGCAAACCCCCGCUGGACAUCGGAAUCUCCUCCAGCGACAACGAGUUGCCCAACCUCGUGCAGGCGGCCAUCAAGCGAGUGGAGAGCGAUACGGAGGACACUACUGUGGAGGGCAGCUUCCGCAAGGCGGCCAAGGACAAGAAUCUACCCCAGUACCAGUCCACUUUGCUGCAGGACUUCAUGGAGAAGACUCAGAUGCUGGGACAGAGCGCCAACUCCAAGCUGCCGGAAGAGAAGCUAAAAGCUAAGGAGGAGACCCUGGUGCAAACCACUAUUCCUCGAAAACGCAGAGGCAGACCCAAAAAAGUGAUCGCAGCUCCCGCCUCGGGAAACUCUGGACCUGCUAUAAAUGAAUCCGCCGAUUCGGGUGUUAUUAGUACCACUAGCACUACGCAAAGUACGACUCCCUCGCCGAAAAUGCAAAGUGAAAACGUUGUGCCCACGGGAGCAGUCCCAAUCGCUUCCAGCAGCAAGCCCAAGAUCGAUAUGGCCUAUCUGGACAAGCGUAUGUAUGCCACCGAGCGGGUGCUCUAUCCCCCGCCAAGGAGCAAGCGGCGUCAGAACAAUAAAAAGACCGCCUCCAGCUCAUCUAAUAAAGAGGAACUGCAAUUGGAUCCUGUGUGGCGAGAGAUCGACGUAAAUAAGAAGUUUAGGCUGAGGAGCAUGAGUGUGGGCGCAGCUAGUGGAACUGGAGCUGGCACUACCAUUUGCAGCAAGGUCCUGGCCGCUAAGAGCGGUUACGUCUCGGAUUACGGAAGCGUAAGGCACCAAAGGAGCAGCCACAACCACAACUCCGGCUAUAAGUCCGAUGCCAGUUGCAAGAGUCGAUACAGUACCAAGAGCUGUAUGAGUCGCAGGAGCAGGGCAAAGAGUUGCGGCUACCGGAGUGAUUGCAAGGAAUCAGGAAAGUCUGGGCUUAGGAUGAGGCGGAAGCGGAGGGCUUCCAUGCUUUUAAAGAGCGCUGCGGACGAUCCCGUCGAAGAUCAGGACAUCCUUCAGCUUGCGGGGUUAUCCCUGGGCCAGAGCAGCGAGGGCAACGAGUACAUCAGCAAGCCAAGUCUCCAGAGUCUGCCCACUACAAGUGCCAGCAAGAAGUACGGCGAGAUCAACCGCUAUGUGACCACGGGGCAGUAUUUCGGUCGUGGCGGCAGUUUGGCUGCCACUAACCCGGAGAACUUUAUCAGUAAAAUGAUGAAUCAGCGGAAAGAGACCCCGGCUCCCAGUAAAUCCUCGUGCAAGAUAAAGUCCCGUCGCUCCUCUGCAGCCAGUAUGUGCAGUAGCUAUGUAUCUGGGGUGUCCAGAAUGCGUCGUAGGCAUCGCCGGAAGAGUUUUAGUCACAACAAGUCCUUGAACAUUGAUUCCAAGCUGCUCACCGAAAUCGAGAUUAUCACAAGCACCUUUCACUCCAGGUGUCGCAUUCAGGAGGAUCGGCUGACCGGGAGCAGCGGCAAGGAGAAGCUGCUGGCCGAUGCUAACAAACUGCAGGCCACUUUAGCAGCCCCAAGUCCUGCCCAGCAGUUGGUUCUGAACGGUGGAGGAUCAGCUUCAACGCUUCCCAAACCUUUGAAACGGGCCUUAAAAAAGCGAAAGCUCAGUGAGCCCCUGGUGGACUUCGCUAUGCUAUCAGCCAGCGCUAGUGGAACGCCCAAUGGCAGUGGAACCAGCAACGGCAAUGCUAAGAGACGGCACAAGAAAUCCCAGAGCAAUGACAGCUCCAGUCCCGACGACCACAAGUUGCCGCUUAAGAAGCGUCACUACCUGUUGACUCCAGGAGAGCGUCCGCCUGCGGAAGUGGCCUUUGCCAAUGGAAAACUAAAUGCGGAGGCGUGGGCCGCAGCAGCGGCGACUGCUAAGAGCACUGCGUCUACUAAAUCGCAGGCUCAAUUCAAUGCUAGGAGCGGAAAAUCCGCGCUCACUCCUAAAAAGAGGCACCUCCUAGAGCAACCAAACGCUGUCAGCGGAGCUGCUUCAUCAGCCAGCAAUUCUCCUUUAAGGAUUGUUGUAGAUAACAACUCCAUAAGUGGUGGAAAAUUGCUCGACAUCAGUCCCAGCUCGCUUUGCUCCCUCAAACAGCAAAGGAGAGGUGGAGCAGCUAAGCAGAAGCUGGCGGCUGCAAAGGACUUGGUUCAGGUUCAAUCCCCAGCUGGUAGCUAUCCUCCGCCAGGGGUGUUUGAGCCAUCUGUAGAGUUAGAAAUCCAAAUACCUCUUGGUAAACUUAACGAAUCAGUCAUAACAAAAGCAGAGGUCGAAUCUCCCCUGCUCUCGGCAUUGGAUAUCAAGGAGGAUACCAAAAAGGAGAUUGGUCACCGAGUUGUAGAAACGUUGCUACACAAAACGGGUGGCAAUCUCCUCCUAAAACGAAAGCGAAAAAAGAUCAAUCGAACUGGAUUUCCCACGGUGAGGAGGAAGAAGCGUAAAAUUAGCGUAGAACAGCAGCCAACAGCCGUGAUGGAAGAUCCCGAGCCGGAGAUCGAUCCCGAUGAUGAACCUCUGCAAUCCUUAAGAGAAACCAGAAGCAGCAGCAGUGCCCAGGUGCAGGGACCUGCUAAUCCUCCAAUGGAUUGUGAGCGAGUGCCGCAAGCAGGCGAAGCCAGGGAAAACUUUGUGGCGAGGAGCAAUCAGAGAGCUCCGCGCCUAUCGGUUGUGGCCCUGGAGCGCCUACAGCGACCCCAAACCCCCGCUAGAGGAAGACCUCGAGGUAGAAAACCUAAGAAUAAGGACCAACCUGAAGUAGCUUUGCCGCCGCCCAAAACUGAACCCGAGGUAAAGCCUGCCAAGAAACGUGGCCGGCAGCCCAAACAGCCGGUGUUAGAAGAGCCACCUCCCGCACCUAUUCCUCAACAGAAAAAAAGCAAACUGGAACCCAAUAUUAAACUCCCAGCUGGCAUCGAUCCUAACACGAAUUUUAGCUGCAAGAUUCGCUUGAAGCGGCGAAAGAACCUGGAAAAUGCAACCCACCAAAGCAAAAAGGAGAAUCCCGUUAAACCAGCGACAGUGGAACCAGUUCCUCCAGAAAUUCCCGUCAGCCAGGAGGAAAUAGAUGCCGAAGCGGCGGCUAAACGGCUAGACAGUAUCCCUAUCGAACACGAUCCUUUGCCCGCCAGUGAGUCCCAGAACCCUGGUCCCCCAGACUACGCUAGCUGCAGUGAAUCCAGCGAAGACAAAGCGUCCACCACGUCCUUGCGGAAACUAUCCAAAGUAAAGAAGACCUAUCUGGUAGCAGGACUCUUCUCCAAUCACUACAAACAAUCGCUAAUGCCUCCACCAGCGAUGAACAAGAAACCAGCUUUGGAGGAGCAUCAAGUGAAUUCUGGGAGCCUUCUUCCACCUCCUCCCUAUUGUGAAAAGUACCUAAGAAGAAGUGAAAUUGACUUUGAGCUUCCCUAUGAUAUAUGGUGGGCUUACACCAACUCCAAACUACCCACUCGACAUAUUGUGCCAUCCUGGAAUUAUCGAAAGAUUCGCACGAAUGUAUACGCCGAGUCAGUGCGUCCGAAUCUGGCUGGUUUCGACCAUCCCACGUGUAACUGUAAGAACCAGGGUGAGAAAGCCUGUUUGGACAAUUGUCUAAAUCGCAUGGUUUAUACGGAAUGCUCGCCCAGCAAUUGUCCAGCUGGAGAGAAGUGCCGGAAUCAAAUGAUCCAGCGGCAUGCAGUUGCACCCGGAGUGGAGCGCUUUAUGACGACGGAUAAAGGAUGGGGAGUAAGAACUAAACUGCCCAUUUCUAAGGGUACCUACAUACUGGAAUACGUGGGGGAGGUGGUCACCGAAAGGGAGUUCAAGCAGCGGAUGGCCAGUAUAUACCUGAAUGACACUCACCACUAUUGUCUGCACUUAGACGGAGGACUGGUCAUCGAUGGCCAGCGCAUGGGCAGUGAUUGUAGGUUUGUCAACCACUCCUGCGAGCCCAACUGCGAAAUGCAGAAAUGGAGCGUCAACGGCCUGUCAAGAAUGGUCCUUUUUGCUAAAAGGGCCAUUGAACAGGGAGAGGAGCUGACCUACGAUUACAAUUUUUCGCUGUUCAAUCCGUCAGAGGGGCAACCCUGCAGAUGCAACACGCCCCAGUGUCGAGGUGUCAUCGGGGGUAAGUCCCAGAGGGUUAAACCCCUUCCCGUCGUAGAGGCAAAGCCUGCUUUAGAGGGUCCUCCGGGCCGAAACGGUCGCCAACGGACACAAGCCAAAAAGCACGCUCAGCGGCAGACGGGGAAGGAUACUGCAUCAGCGGUGGCGGUGGCAAAGCUUCAACCUUUGUCAGAAAAGGAAAAGAAACUGGUCAAACAAUUCAAUACGUUCCUUGUCAGGAACUUCGAAAAGAUACGAAGAUGCAAGGCAAAGCGAGCAGCAGUUCUGGCAGCUGCAUCCGCUAGUGCAUCUUCUCCAGCGCAUGGUGUCACCAAUGGAGACAUCCCCGGUCGACGACCCUCCACCCCAUCUUCCACUUCCCUGGCUGCCCAAAUCUCCGCACUCUGCUCACCCCGCAACAUGAAAACUCGUGGAUUGGCACAGACAGUACAUGAUCCCGAACUGGAGAAGAUGGCGAAAAUGGCUGUGAUUCUAAGGGAUAUUUGUGGUGCCGUUGAGUCCCUUAAGAUGUCUGAUCUGUUAACCACAGUGUCCAGCAAGAAGAAGAAAGCUAUAAAGAACUCUUUGAGUGGUAAAUUAGGUGCGACAGCUGGAACUCCUCGAGUGGAGUUCAGAUCGAUUCAAUCACAAGUUGAACAGGGACACUACAAAACGCCCCAGGAAUACGAUGACCACAUGCAGCAACUGUUUAUGGAGGCCAAGCAGCAGCAUGGCGAUGACGAGGGCAAGGCCAAAGCGCUACAGUCUCUUAAGGAUUGCUAUGAGCAACAGAAAGCCGCCAGCUAUGUUCAGCUUGUCGAGAUACUUGGCGAUUCUGAGUCAUUGCAGAGCUUCAAACCAAAAGAGGUGAUUUUGCCAGUAGAGGAAGCAGCAAAAGUUGCAGUGAAAAAAUCGCCAGGAGCAAAGGACAGGGAUUCACCACUGGUGCCAUCGAAAACCACGCCUUUACUUCCCGUUGGAGGCUCUCCUGAAGAGGAUGUGAUCCGUUGCAUUUGCGGGUUGUACAAGGAUGAGGGAUUGAUGAUUCAGUGCGCCAAGUGCAUGGUGUGGCAGCACACAGAGUGCACCAAAGCGGACAUCGAUGCGGAUAACUAUCAGUGCGAACGUUGCGAGCCAAGAGAAGUGGAUCGGGAGAUUCCCCUGGACGAAUACACCGAGGAGGGCCACCGGUACUAUCUUUCCUUGAUGCGUGGCGAUCUGCAGGUGCGUCAGGGAGAUGCCGUCUAUGUGCUACGGGACAUUCCCAUCAAGGACGAGGCGGGCAAAGUGUUGCCGACACAGAAGCACACUUACGAAACGAUCGGAGCAAUUGAUUAUCAAGAAUGCGACAUCUUUCGAGUAGAGCACUUGUGGAAAAACGAAGUGGGGAAGCGUUUCAUAUUCGGGCAUCAUUUCCUUCGCCCCCAUGAAACUUUCCAUGAACCUUCGCGUCGGUUUUACCCCAAUGAAGUGGUAAGAGUUUCCCUUUAUGAGGUGGUGCCCAUCGAGUUGGUCAUUGGGCGCUGCUGGGUUUUGGAUCGCACCACUUUCUGUAAAGGGCGCCCAAUGGAAUGCAACGACGAGGAUCAUUGUUUUAUCUGCGAGCUGCGUGUGGACAAGACGGCGAGAUUUUUCUCCAAGGCAAAGGCCAAUCAUCCGGCCUGCACGAAGAGCUAUGCUUUCCGAAAGUUCCCCGAGAAGCUUAAAAUCUCCAAGAGCUAUGCUCCCCAUGAUGUGGAUCCUUCGUUGCUGAAAACGAGGAAGCAAAAGACUGAAUUAGAAGUAGGAGCCGGGCCAGCAACGAUGCGAAAGACACUCGGCUCGCAGGAACAGCAGCAGCCGAAGACGGUUGGGAGAAAGCCGCGUGGGAUUUGUGCCGCUCCAGUAGAAGCCACAGCUGUCCAUGUCGUAGCUCCAAUGGCGCCUAACAAACAGAUGGUUAAGAAGAGAAGAUCGCGUUUAGAGAACGUUUUGAUAACUAUGAAGCUUAAGUGUCUGGAUGCACAAACAGCCCAGGAGCAGCCCAUUGAUUUGUCAUACCUGCUGUCUGGACGCGGAGCACGGCAGCGGAAGACCCAGCAGUCGAGUAGCAGCUCCACAGCCAGUUCGACCUAACAGAUUUAGCCAGCGAAUAGGUUAAGCCGUGUAUAUAAGCCUAAAGUUAGAGGCAUUGAUUAAUAUUUAUGGAACUUUAAUUAAAAUCAGUAUGUAGCCAUGUAAGAUGUAACGGUGAUAGUAGUAAUUCUAGAUUGUACAUUGUUAUGAACAAAUUUCGCGAAAAGGCCUCCGGACCGUAUAAGAUGGAACAGAUUAUGAAUUAUGUUAAUAUAAGGAUUUAUUUAAAUACUA